UAUAAAAUAUUUUGAAAAUGGAGAAAUUUAUUGUUAAAAUGAAGAAGCGUAAAACCAAGCGUAAGAAGAACAGUUCACGCUUGCCGAGCAUAACCAAAAAGUCUAGAACAAAGUUUAAUACUUUCAUCAGUACAAGUGCAGAAAGAGGUAAGGAUGCCUUGACGCAAAGAGUACUCUACCAAGAAUACAGCUGAGAGUCAUAGUAAAGCUUCCAUUAAGCUGAAGAAAGGUAACUACAACAAAUUUGUUGCGAGCUCAAGGAAAAUAAAGAAGAAACCGGAUAGGCCAGAUAUGUCUUUGUCUUUGAAACCCAUGCACAAACGUGCUGCCAGCCAAACUCAAACAGUUCAGAUGACUCUAGAUCCUUCCAAAACAACUAAAUUAAUGAAGAAAGCAUCAAGUAAACCAGUGUUCGAUCAUAAGAAACAGAAAAAGCAAGAUGGUGUAAAAUAGAGGGCUAACCCUCAUGAAGUUUGUUUCCAAACUGAAAUCCAACCAGGCAAAGGCAGUUAGGAGCCGACUUCAGAAUGGCCAGUUGAACGAACAAGACUCAAAGAACCAAAUCCAGAGAGUCAAGUUCAAGGAAAUAUUUGCAAAGGUUGACAAAUAAAAAGCUUUUAGGCGAAUGAAGCUAUUGCUUUAGGAAAAAGUGUUUCAGGCUAGUAAAUACUUGUUCACAUGGAAGCUGAUACACUUGCACUCAAUUCCUGCUGAACUUCAACAAACAUAUUGGUCACAAUGAAAUGAGGUGAUUAUAUUGACCAGAAAACACUAAGAAUGAACAGAUGACUGAAGACAGAAAAAUCACGAGGGAGUAUCUCCAUUACUGAUAUGACAACCAUGGGCCUGACUACACAGCUGAAGCUCCAGUCACCCAAGAUAAGCUUGAAGAUACAAAAGAUGUUUCACAAAACCUUCUCAACCCUGAAACAGAAUUUUGUGACCACCAUGUUGACAAGAAGAACCAUUAUUGUAUUGAUUGAAGCAUGCAUUUGUGCUACAGAUGACUUAAAAUAAAAUAAUCCUCAUUUGAACCAUAAAGUGUACUCGAUUGAAGACCUUAACAUUAAGGUUGAGCACUGAAAUUUUAAGCCAAUCUAUGAGCCUAAGAUGGAUGAUUUGGUUAUUCAGCUAGAAGCGACUACAACAUCACUAUCUCAUCAAAAAGAUUUGUAUCUUAAAUAAGAUUGAGACUGAUUUUGAACUUCUAAAGAAGAUAAUUGAGAUCAAGAAGGAAAAAAUCCUCACUGAAGUGUCCCAAUGCUAUGACUCCUCUAUUGAGAAGGCAAAAGGCAUGGUAGAAGCUUUAGAGCUGCUUAAAUAAGCGAUCAAAUUUUAUGGAGAAGCUCUCAAAACACUCCUUGGAGGAGCAAGCCAUUAUAAAACGUUAUAAGACUAAUAAUCUGUUCCAAAUCAUGAGAAGCGUUGUGAAAAGAUCUGAGCUGAAUAGUAUAGAUCAGGUAGAUUUGACAGAAAGUCUCCUUUUGUUAGAUCCUAAUACCCUGAGCGAUGUCCACCGGAUCAUUGACAAUAUUAAAUUUGCUCCAAUUUCACAGAUCUAUCUCAGUAAAAUCAGAGAGUUAUUCACAAAAUCAAGUAUUUUAAAAGAGAGUCUCAUUACUCCUGAGUUUGCAGCAAUGUUUCCCAAACUACGCUCUAGUGAGCGCUUAUUCCAACUGAUCAGAGAUGGGCCUAACCCAUUUAUAUUUCAUGAGAAGUGAGAUAACAAAGGACAGACAAUUGUUUUAGUUAAACUGCUGGACGGACACAUCUUUGGCGGUUACAACCCAACGAGUUGGAUAAGUGAGUAUGUGUACUCUCAGUGUGAAGAUGCCUUCCUUUUCUCUCUGACUAAUGGAAAAGGCCGUAAAUGAAUUAAAUGUCCCAUUGAACGACACAAAUCGGACAAAGCUAUAAAGCAGAAUAAGACCAAGUAUAGUCCUGGAUUUGGGGAAGCUAAUAACAGCGAUCUCUUCAUUGCUUUCAGGAAGCUGGAUAAUAGCUAUAGCAGGCUCGGCAAUGUUUAUACGAUUCCUCAACUUUUCUAGCAGGUAGUGAAACAGGCUGGGAUAUUGUGGAAGUUGAAGUCUGGAGCAUCGGAUAACUGAUAUAUAAAGUUUCAUUUU